AUGGCUCGUCGUUUAUGCCGCACCAUCAACAAGACGAUCCAAGAGACCCCAUCCCUCUUGCCUGAUGCCAAUAGCACCAGCCGAAUUGACUCGCCUAGCAGUUGCACUCGUGAACGUAGCACAGCCAUUGACGUCGAAGAAAAGUUAUACCACGAUGACAAUGACACGAGCAGCUAUAUCCAUGCGUUCAUUAUUCCCAACUACUGCGAGCCUGAAGGAUUAUUAUGUGACACGAUCAAUCGAUUGGCUUCUCAUAGACAUGCUCAGACACACUAUGUGAUUAUACUUGCUAUGGAAGCUUCGGAAGCUGGAUAUGAGAUCAAAGGCCAAAGAUUGCAGGAGCGAUUUGAAGGGCGUUUUCUUCAGUUUAUCGUGACAGGACAUCCUGCUGAUAUCCCUGGUGAAUCCCGUGGCAAGGGAUCAAACGUCGCAUAUGCUGCACGACAUGGUAGCCUUGAAUUAUCAGAACGAAUCGAUCGACGUCGUGUGAUCUUUACCGUGACUGAUGCAGAUUCAGCCAUCCCCGAAUUAUACGUAUGCGAAGUUGAAAAAGAACUCAAUCGCGUGGAUGAUCCUUACAACGUACUACUUGCACCACCCAUCUUUUUUUCGCGAAAUUGCUUUGAAGUACCAGCUGCCGUACGUGUUGCUGAUAUUACUUGGUCAGCUAUGGUGAUGUCGAAUUUGGGCAACGCGCGUGGAUUAGCAUUCCCAUGCUCGACAUACAGCGUAUCACUUGCACUUGCCGAAAGAGUAGGCUUUUGGGAUACGGAUGCUGAUGCUGUAGGCGAGGACAUGCACAUGUUCUUAAAGUGCUUCUUCAAAACGGAUGGGCAAGCACGUACGAUUCCAAUCCAUGUACCCAUCAACUUGACCAAUGUACAAACCGACAGUGGAUACGUAGCCAACAUGAAUGCACGUUUUGUGCAAGCCAAGCGACAUUACAAUGGAGUAGCAGAUGUUGCCUACACGCUCAAGAAUAGUAUCACGUCAAAGGCGUCAUUGAUGGACAAAUUGAUUGUGUGCCUCAAGGUCUUGGAAGCUCACAUGAUCCCUGUUACUUCGGGUUGGCUUAUGUUUGCAGCUGUACCCUUGAUGCAGCUUGUCCUCUUUCCACCUACCGCUAUUCUUGCCGACCUUGUUCAUCCAACUGAUAACCCAGUCCUUGUCUCCGAAUUUUAUGCAACCCUUUGGAAUCUCUUACGCCUCAUCACGGUCUUACUUCCUUUGCCACUCUUUGGUACGCUUGUUAUUUACGAAUUGAUGCAUCGUUCAGUGGAUCGUGACCUCUUCCACAAGCACAAGGGUGAGUCCCGUCGAUGGAUCAAUCUUUUCGAUUACGUUGCAUUACCCAUCGCAGCAUGGCUUUACAUGACGCUACCAUCAACACUUGCAAGUGUCAAACGCCUCUCGAAAAGAGAGCAGCAUUACAUUGUUUCGGAAAAGGUGUUUCGAGAACAAAUUCAAGAACUUCCACUAUGA